UGUGAUUUCGAGCUGUGCCAACUUCGGUAUUUUUUUCCCUGUAUGGCUUCCAACUGUGAUACUCCGCAGGAUCAUGAUCCCAGCAGAUUAAUUAUAAAAGUAUGGGAAUUUUUUGCAAGUGCUGCAAGCGGUUUAUGCCAAUUAUAUAAAGGCAAGAUUGAUCACUGUGCUGAUUUUCAAAAUUUACUGGAUACGCUGUCUUCGAUUGAAAGGUUCUAUAGAGGAUCUGAGAAUUCUGUAGAAGCUGCACUAAGCUAUGGAAAAAUUGUCGGUUCUCAAUAUCUACGCCUUCAUUUGAGAGAUUUAGCUUAUGAGAAUAUUCAAACUACUACAGGGGACAAUGGGGUUGAAGUUUAUGUGCCUUUGGAAUCAUUAUUGCUUGGGAGCACUAAAACACUUGGUCGUUCCAGGAAACUCCAAAGAAAGCGUCCACGCCAUUGUGUUUAUUGUCCUCGUUUAUCUAAGAGAAUUGCUUUGGACUAUUGCGGUCACAAGCGUUGUCGUAAUAGAUGCUCUAAAAACAAACGAACAUUCUUUCCUGUUAUGAACACCGUCUUAGAUGAUUCAAAUUUGUAUGGUGUCAUUGAUGGUCUCAAUGGAGAUGGAUCUAUCAGACACAACGAUGAAGUAGUAAAGUCGAUAGUGCCUAGUUCGUUAUCGGCAUCAAAAGCUUUCAUACCCCCUAUCAGUUCAUUCGUCAAUCAUUCAAGCAUUUCACAAUUAGUUUGUGAUGGAUUGACCCAGAGAAGAAAGCGUCAUCAUCGCAUACUACCUAAUUAUCAAGUAGCGAAUAACCGUGUCUGUAAUUCUACUGAUUAUCAUGAUGAAUCAAUCAAUCGAGAUCCAUUCAAUGUCUUUCAGGAUGCUGUACAGAUCAUAAAUCUUCUUGAUCCGCUCUCCAAAUUUUCAGUGACCAGUAGCACUGGGAACUCACAAAACUCGUUCAAGCGUCCUCGUAUUGAAAGUUCUACUUCUUCCAAGGAUGACUCGAACAAUAUAUUACUAUGAUAUCAGCCACACUGUACAUUAUGUCGGUUAGAUCUCGUGUUAUUUGAUCAACGUAAAAUGUUUUCAUAGUUUUUCUCCAAAAAUUCCUUCGUACCUCCUCAACUUCAUUGAAUAAUUCGACUUCUAUAUGUUCCUAAAGCUGUUUAUGAUUUUCUCUUUUUCCUAAACUAGCUGACAUACACGCAUUUGUGAAAUAUUAUUGGUAUCUCCCUUUGUAUUUAAGUGGUAUAUUUCAUCAUAUGUUGUAUUUCUCAAAAGUAAUAUAAUUAGAACCCUAAAUUACUACUGUACUUUCUAGUUUAAAAAAAUUUGUGAUGUGUCCAUUAAACCUUUUCUGGUUACCAUUUACCCGCCACUCAUCAGUUACUUUAAAAAUAAACGUUGAGCGCAAAUCAAUUCAUUUAUUUGGUUUGUCCUGCCAACAGUUUCUUUAUG